AUAAAGGGCAUGAUAUCGCCGCGGACCGUCGCAUAUCGUUUGAAGUUCGUAGCCCCUGGUGCUCCGUGACUUUCGUGUGCAACGGACGAACUUAGCACGACUUAGCUGCUGCAUACUGAACCUACAACGAGGAAAAUCGAAAUCAGUCUCUAUUCACACGCAGUUCCAGUUUCCACUUACCGACCAACAUUAACAUGGGUCGCCUGGCUGAUCUCUUUCUUCAUCCUUUUACGACUGAGGGGCCAACUUCAGAAGAAUCGGGUCAACAUCAUGUCCUACUUCAGGUUGGAUCCUCGUCGUGUUCAUCCUCAUCAACAUCACGACCAGGAGCCCAUGGUGCUCACGUAAGUCUUUCAACCAGCAUAACAGCCCAUGCUCACGUAAGUCGUUCAACCAGCAUAACAAGCUUUUUCGAGGACAACUCUUAUUUCUCGUCGAAACCGUCCAACUCCGGUGCUGUUCUACUUGAUCGUCGGCGCGCCACGACCAUAAAACCACCUCGAAGAACGCUUUUCGCCGACGGAGCAGAAGAGGAAAACAAAAACGGCGAUGAGCAGCAAGCCUCCGACGAGGCUGAGAAGGACCAAGAGAAGUCCGCAGAGGAGAACGCGGAGGGAUCCGCGGACAGCGAAAAGCAGGCUACCACACCUGAUCCAAAACCCACGGAACAAGAGGACGACCCCGCGGAUGCCAGUGGUGGUUUGCCAACCAAACCGGGCUCCGGCGACGCCGCCGCUUUCGACGCGGCAACCGGGAAUGUCGUCGAUAAAGGCCGGUCAAAUUUGGCGAACAACAAUCCCACGGAGAACGAAGACGCCGGCACGGACGGAGGCUCGGAUCAAAAAUCGGUGCAAGUAGUCCGCGCGGAACGGCUGGAGAAACUCAUUGAUCAAGCGAAAGACACGUUGGCGCAGCUGUUUUCCGGAACAUCAAGCGGAGGUAGCGGUGGUAGUGCAGCGUCCUCUGGAGGUGGGGAUCCUAACGACGAACCGGGACAACCGAGUCUAAGCGAGGAAGACGUGAAGAUGAUUCAAUGCAAAGCGAAUGAAAUGGACAAGGUUGCGACCGGGGAACUUGCGGAGGCGGAGCAGUCCGUGGACACGGCGAUGCAGGCGGUCACGAACAAAAUGGAAAAAUUGAGAACUCUGUUGUCGCAUUGA